GGAAUUCGCGCCACCCUGACCAGUGAGCCCAGAUGGCGCUUAAAUCUGUCACUCUUUAACGACCCUACUGUUUUUUAAAAAUAUUUUUAUAUUGAGCUCAUUCAGUUUAAUCUGAGAGAUUAAUCAUUUCCAAGGUCUGUCCGGGGAGGGCCUGACUGAGGACUUUCUCCUGCCAGCUGAAGUGCAGGAAAUGGGAACAUAAGCUGUGAGGUCGUUUGAUAUAAGGCCAUGGAAUUUGGACUCAGCUUGGAGGAACAACAAGAAGUUUCCAUCAGGAAAAGGCUGUACGUGACUGCUUUUCAGGAGGAUCCAUCCUAACCAUGGGAAAGAUGGAAUGGAGCACUGAUGGAAACAGACUGAAAAUUAUUUCUAACGUCCUGCUAGGAGGUGACAGAGCCAUGAACUCACACAUGGGAAGAGAAGUGAAGGCAUCUCUUGUGGCCAGUAUCUGCAGAGCUGGGUAUAGCUCCUUGUCCAUUCACAAGUAUAUUCCUCGGAGGGCAGUGCUGUAUGUGCCUGGGAAUGACGAAAAGAAAAUAAGGAAAGUUCCAUCCCUGAAAGUGGAUUGUGCGGUGCUGGACUGCGAGGAUGGUGUGGCUGAAAACAAAAAGGACGAAGCUCGAUUAAGAAUAGUAAGAACUCUCGAAGACUUUGACCUGGGUCCAACAGAGAAGUGUGUGAGAAUCAACUCGGUGUCUAGUGGUCUAGCUGAAGCUGACCUAGAGACAAUUCUGCAGGCCCGGGUUCUUCCCUCUAGUAUGAUGCUACCAAAGGUGGAAGGUCCUGAAGAAAUCCAGUGGUUUUCAGACAAAUUUUCAUUCCACUUAAAAGGCCGAAAACUUGAACAACCAAUGAAUUUAAUCCCCUUUGUGGAAACUGCAAUGGGUUUGCUCAAUUUUAAGGCAGUGUGUGAAGAGGCACUGAAGACUGGGCCUCAAGUGGGUCUUCUCCUGGAUGCGGUCGUUUUUGGAGGAGAAGAUUUUAGAGCCAGCAUAGGCGCGACAAGCAGCAAGGACGCCCAGGACAUCCUCUAUGCCCGACAGAAGAUUGUCGUCACAGCCAAGGCCUUUGGCCUACAAGCCAUAGAUCUUGUAUACAUUGAUUUCCGGGAUGAAGAUGGACUUCUCAAACAGUCAAGAGAAGCCGCCGCCAUGGGCUUCACUGGUAAACAGGUGAUCCACCCUAACCAGAUCGCUGUGGUACAGGAGCAAUUUACUCCGACCCUGGAAAAAAUUCAAUGGGCUGAAGAACUGAUCACCGCCUUCAAAGAGCACCAGCAGCUGGGAAAGGAAUGGAGUUGUCGUGCCUUCUAUGCAGAAUUACUUAGGAAAGAAAGACUGCCGAAAGCUUAUUAAAGUCCUCAGUGUUAAAUACUCAACGCUUGUGAAAAUGAACAAAUCAAUAAAAAGACAGCAGAGAAGAGCUGGUUUUCAAUGGUAGACCUGUGACAAUCACGUGAGAAAUGUCCUUCGCACGUUCCCUGUUAUGAAGGACACCUGAAAAUCUCAAGACUUGUACAAGUGGGUAACAAUACUAAGUGGGUCGUUGCUAUCGAUGUCAGCCUUCCACCAUGAACAGGCAUAUAAGUCACCUUCCCCCAACACACACGCACACAGACUGAUGUUUGUACAGAUUCACACUUAAUACACAAAGCCAGAAGAUCUACAGGGGAACACAGGACCUUACAUUUGGAUGUGAAACCAAUUUUAUGAUAAAUAGCAUUGUUUUUUCAUAUCAUGUCAGUGGUGGCCAUCAAAAAUAUUGUGCACUUCACAAAAAAUAAUUUUAAGUUGGCAUUGUAUUUUAUUUCUGUUUAUAUGUCUCAACCCAAAAUGAAGCUUGCCUAUAAAUAAACAUAUU